UGCUGUGAAGGAGAGAAGAAGCUUCCUUCAGCGCAUCGUUUUCUGUUGUGUGACCUCCGACCUUCUAACUUUGACCUCUGACCUAUCCCAUCAUGCCUUGGGUGGCGUUGGACCCUCCCCCGCUGUGCCUCAUCUCCCUCCCCUUGCUGAACUGGAUCCUCCCCCCCACCGUGCGUGACGUAGUCGUCCCCCGUCUGUCUGGGGAGCGCUUCAUCUCGGGGGGUCACCCGCCGGGCCGGACCUGCGUGCCCCGCCUCUUCCACGCGUGGAGCCUCCUGCUGGCCGCCGCCUGCGUGGCGCUGAGGUUCACCGCGUUCACCGUCCUGCAGGGAGGGGGGAUCCUGGGUUUUCGGCUGUGCGGCCCUGAAGGUCAGGGCUUCUCAGUGGACGUCUCCUCGCUGCCCCUGGUCCUCUACGUCUUCUCUGCCGUCACCUACCUGAGCUGCAGCGCCGCCGUCCGCCUGCUGGAGUCGCUCUCGGAGCUCUGGCGCCGCUCCUUGUUCCUGCUGGACGACGUGGGCGGGGCCGUCUACCAGUACGGCUGCGCUCUGGCUCUGAGCCUCUACAGCGCCGACGCCGCCUGGACGCGAGGCGUGCUGGGACGGGCCUUCCUGCCGGCCGCCGCCCUCCUCGCCUGGCUGUCCUGCGCCGCCCGCUGCUACGCCCGGCGCCGCCCCCGCCGACUCGGCCGGAGGCUGGGCCUCUCGGCGGCGGUGGGCGUGGCCUGCCUGCUGCACAUCAGCCCCGUGGCACAUCGCCUGGCCUGCCACAGCUGGAGCAGCGGCUGGGCGCUGCACCUCCUGCAGGUGGUGCUGUUCCUGCCGUCGGCCAUCUUGCCUUCCCUGCCCGUCUGCGGUCGCCCCCCCCACCAGCUCUCCCGCCUCCUGCUGUCCCUGUGCGUUGUGGCCCAGCAGGAGGCGCUCCUCCAGGACUUCCUGUGGAGGCGUGCGGCGCUGGUCCGGCAGCUGGGAGAGGAGCGCCUCCUGCUGGCCUGCGCCUCCUUGCCCGGCCUGGCGAUGUGCUGCGCCGCCACCGCGCUCUCCACGAGGAGGCCGAAAGAAACAGAGACACAAACUCCUGCGGAAUUUUGUUUUUACAGUUUGCCAACCAAGUAACAAAUAAAGUUUAGACAUAAUAAUGAAAACGCU